CAUCAUCAUCAUUCUCUCAUCGUCGGGGUCUGGCUGGCUGGCUGGCUGGCUGGGAUAGCAGAAAUUGCUGGUUGUUGUAUUUGCAUCGGAACUAUCAAAACUCAAUCGCUUUGGCUGAAGGAUGUGGGAUUAAAAGAGAAUAAAAGGUCAAAAUACCUCCUUGGAUUUAAUUUGUUCCACGAUACUGCCACUACUUCGAAAUGUCGGGGAAAAUAGAGAGUAAACCAGACUCUCAACGCUCCCAUUUGUCUUCCUUCACCAUGAAGCUUAUGGACAAGUUCCACUCUCCCAAAAUCAAAAGGACACCCUCAAAGAAAGUCAGUAAGCCGCCUUUAGAACAUGGCGUCAAGACUGCGGAGAAACCUGCUAACAAGAGUCUGAGUCGGUUAGAGGAGCAAGAGAAAGACGUGGUCAGUGCCUUGCGUUACUUCAAGACCAUCAUUGACAAGAUGGCGGUGGACAAGAAGGUGCUGGAGAUGUUACCAGGCUCUGCCAGUAAGGUCCUGGAGGCCAUCCUGCCUUUAGUCCAAGUGGAUACAAGGAUCCAGCACAGCUCGGGGGUGUCCUCCUGUCUGAACCGUGUGUACCAGAGUCUGGGCAAUCUCAUCCGUUGGUCUGACCAAGUCAUGCUGGAGGGGGUCAACCUGGAAGAUAAAGAAACCAUCGUUACCGUCACCACUGUGAUCAAGGCAGUGCUUGAUGGUGUUAAGGAGCUAGUGAAACUGACCAUAGAGAAACAGGAGCAUCCUUCCCCCACGUCUCCUGUCAAACCAGUGCCAGUGGCCACCCCACCUGAGAGUGCUGCUGAGCCGCCAGCCAAUGAGAAGGAGAGUCUGGACAAGAGCUCAGCCACGUCCCAAUCUAUGGAAGCCCUGACUGAACCCACUGGAGAGGAGGAGGAGGAAGAAGAGGUGGUGGCCCCAGCAAAACCCCCUCUCCCUGGCCUCAAGAUGGCUGAACACAAUCCUCCUGCUCUGCCUCCAAAGAAGCGCCAGUCUGCCCCCUCACCCACCCGGGUGGCAGUAGUGGCCCCCAUGAGCCGCGCCACCAGUGGCUCCAGUCUUCCCAUGGGCAUCGGCCCCCACAAACAGGAGUUCGAGGUGGAUGCCCUGCAGCGGCGCUUCUCUGGGGGCAGCCAUUACUACGGAGGGGAGUCGCCGCGCAUAUCCCCCUGCAAUAGCAUGGGCAAGCUGAGCAAGUCCGACGGGCAGCUGUCCUGGACAAUGGACAGUGGGCAGUGCUCACGCAACACCAGCAGUGAGGCUCUGGACACCACAGACCACUACGACCCGGACUACGACUUCCUGCACCAGGACCUGUCCAGCUUGGAGCAGAUGACUCCUGUGCCAGUGGGAGCGUGCCUCAGCCCCCUGCCUGAGUCCCACAGCGAGUCUUCCUGCCCCGGUCCGCCGCUGGCACAACUCCACUUCAGCUCCCUCCAGGGCUGCUCCGUGACUUCCGCCCUGCCGCCCCCUGCCCUGCCAGAAAAGAAGCGCAGAGGUGGCGCCUGCUCAGGCUUUUCCGACGGCUCCUACUCGGGCUCAUCCUGGUGCGUUUCCUUUGAGCGCCACCCAUCCCAGUACGACAACCUCAUGGAGGAGGACCUUCCGCCUGUGCCCCCCUUUCCCCUGUUCACGCCCGACAUCUUGCCCCUGUGCCACACCGCCGGGGGGUUUGUGUCUGAGUUCAGCGGCAGCGAGACGACAGACGUACCUCAGAGUCCACCGCCACUCCCUGAGAAGAAGAGCCGUCACAUACUGAAGUACAUGCAGUUUGUGGAAGACUACUCGGAGCCCCAGCCCUCAGUUUUCUACCAGAUGCCACAGAGCAAGAGCAUCUAUGAGCAACGCAACAAACACUUCCAGGAAGUCUACGGCUUCAAUGACUCGUUUAGCAGCAGCGACUCUGUCCACGAGCCCCUCCCACCCCCUGCACUGCCACCCAAACAGAGGCAGCUGGCCUCCCACUCUGCCUCUUCCUCGUCCUCUUCCUCGUCCUCUCUCUCCUGCCACCUUCAUCGGUCGCAGGCUGCAGUGGUGGUGGAGGAGGAGACGGGGACUGCUCUCAGCAUGUCAGUCUCUAACUCCUCCCUGACCACCCCUAUGAGCAUGGACCUAGCGGCCCCGGGCAGUGGCAGCCCUGACCCUGUGCUAGUGGCCAACGGCUCUCUGGACAGCUCUCUUGCUAUCGGUCUUCUCACUGACUCUUCUUUCUCUGACACUCGUCAAACCUCUUUGAGCGAAAGCGCUAAUGAGGAAGGCGGGGAGGGAGAGUACGUUAAUCUGUACACAUCCAGCCAAGCCGACGGAGAUGGGCUCUCCCGCCGAGACUCGUCUGCCAUAGAUGACUCACUGGAGGACACUGCCUCAGAGAACCCACUGUGCAAUAACAAGGACAUGUCCGAUGACCGCCGAAGACAAAAGUCGUCUGAAGAUGGGCAGAGUAGCGAGGAGACGGAUGAGCUUUCCCUCAUCGAUCACAUGGAGAUCAUGUCCCGGUUAACACUAAAGCAGGAGAACGAUGACGGUCCAGAUGUCAGAGCCGGAUCGGGGGAUAUUUUAUUAGUCCACGCCACAGAAACGGACCGCAAAGAUCUUGUCUUGUACUGUGAGGCUUUCCUGACGACAUACAGAACGUUCAUAACCCCAGAGGACCUUAUCAAAAAGCUGCACUACAGAUACACCAGAUUUUGUCACUGCCCAGAUACAUUCAAGAAGAAAGUCAGCAAAAACACCUUCUUUGUUCUUGUCCGUGUGGUGGACGAGCUGUGUCUGGUGGAGAUGACGGAGGACAUCCUGAUGCAGCUGAUGGACUUGGUGUUCAGGCUGGUGUGUAACGGUGAGCUGAGCCUGGCCCGCGUCCUCCGCACAAACAUCCUGGACAAGGUGGAGCAGAGGAAGCUGCUGCGCUACACCUACUCGCUCAAACCACUGGCCGCAAGAGGUGUCGCCGCCAGACCUGGGACCCUGCACGACUUCCGAAGUCAUGAGAUCGCCGACCAGCUAACUCUCCUGGAUGCAGAGCUCUUCUACAAAAUUGAGAUCCCUGAGGUGUUGCUUUGGGCUAAGGAGCAGAACGAGGAGAAGAGUGCCAACCUCACACAGUUCACAGAGCACUUUAACAACAUGUCCUACUGGGUACGGUCCAUAAUCAUUCUGCAAGAGAAAGCCCAGGACCGAGAAAAGCUCCUCCUUAAAUUUAUCAAAAUAAUGAAGCACUUACGGAAGCUAAAUAAUUUCAACUCAUAUUUGGCAAUAUUAUCUGCCUUGGAUUCAGCUCCCAUCCGAAGACUGGAGUGGCAGAAAACAACCUCAGAGGGCCUAGAGGAAUACUGCACGUUAAUAGACAGUUCCUCGUCGUUCCGGGUCUACAGAGCGGCACUGGCAGACGUGGAGCCCCCAUGUAUACCAUAUCUGGGUCUUAUCCUCCAGGACUUGACCUUUGUCCAUCUGGGCAACCCUGAUCAAAUCAACGGGAAGGUCAACUUCUCCAAGCGCUGGCAGCAGUUCAACAUCCUGGACAGCAUGAGGCGCUUCCAGCAGGUGCAUUAUGAUCUGAAACACAACGACGAUAUUGUCUCCUUCUUCAACGACUUCAGCGACCACCUGGCAGAGGAGGCUCUGUGGGAGCUGUCUUUGAAGAUCAAGCCUCGGAACAUUACGCGGCGCAAAACAGAGCGCGAAGAAAAGACAUAGGAACAUGUCCCACUGUAUUGGGCCUUGGGUCAAACUCUUCAUGAUUACAAGAGACUACAAACGAGAACUGUGAAGGCAGCUAAAAGACUGGGAUGUUUUUUUGUUAGUAGUUUACAUGACCUCUCCGACUUAGGAUUCUCUGUUGUGGAUUGCACUGGGUCUCAGUUCGUGUGUGAGUAAAGCCAGUGAGAUAGACACUGUGCAGAGCACAAAGUGUUGGGAGGCUCGCAAAAAGAUUCCUCCUGUUCACCUUUGUCGCCAACCUCAUCCACCCAAUGCCAUAUUAUGGGUAUAGUCCAAGCAUUUCAGGAUCUCACAACCAGAGACAUUGUCCUGACUAAAACCAUAUCAUACUGAUGUGUGCCAAGGGAAACACCACUCAGUUUAGGCUUCUUUUUUAUAUGGGACACCAGCCCUUUUUUUGAUGACAAAGUGGGAUACCAUAACACCUGACAUGGCAGAGAACUGCUGUUGGUGGUGCAGAACUUUGAGAAAAAUACCUCAAAUCACCCCGGUCUGCUUCAAGACUACUGGUGGUAAAGAUAUUACUGAUGCACACAAGACUGAAUUUUGUAGUUCAAGGAAGUGUUGUAUGAUACUGUCUGACUGAUGCAAUGCAGUUUUCCUUUUGUUCUUUAAAAGGAUAUUUCAGAAAUGGGGAGAAGUGAUAUGAAGUUUAUAUACAGUACCAGUCAAAAGUUUGGACACACCUACUCAUUCAAGUGUUUUCAUUUAUACUAUUUUCUACAUUGUAGAAUAAUAGUUGAUAUCAAAACUAUGAAAUAACCAAAAAAAUGU